UGACAACCCAAGAAGAUCUCUUACCAGAUACAGAAAUGCUACCAAGAGAUGAACUUGCUAUUUAUGGCUAUAGAACACCACAUCUAUCUGCAAGUCGCAUUCCCAAAGCAGCUUCUUCUUUUGACAAAAAUGAAGAAACAGAUG